ACACAUUUGUUACUUGUCAAAAAUAACAAUACCAAGGGUGUUUCUCUUUCUCAGAUAUCUCUAUUUCUUUUUCUCUGUAAAAAAAUAAUAAGAAAACAAAAAGAGCGAUCACAAUCUAUUUUUCUUUGUGUCUUUUCUGGUGUGGUGUUAUUGAUCAGAGAAAGGCGAAAUCCUUUAAAUAGUUGACAAAAUGUGGUUUUCCUCAUGCAACUGCUCUACAGUGUAGCACCAGUAUCACACAUACAUGGCGGAGAAAAUUAACGAAAAGACCAACGUGCAGAGUGUUUCGAUGAACAGCCAUUUGGAGACAAGAAACGCAGACCGACGUGUGUGGUUAAUGAAAUGUCCUAGCGUUGUGUCUCGAUUCUUCAAACAGCAUCAACAGUCUUCUUCUGCUGCUGACAAUGACUUCUCUUUUAUUUCUCCUGGACCUGUUGCCAAAGUGACCGUCGUCGUUGAUCCUCUCCUUGCUAAUGAUGCCACUCAGUUUACCAUGGACUUGACUGGAACUUCAUCUAAAAAUAUGCCCACUCACUACUCCAUGGAUAUGUCUACAGAUUUUAUUCCAAUGUCUAUAUUUUCUGAGUCAACCCAAGGAAGACUUUCUGUGGAAGGAAAGAUAUAUCACAAAUUUGAUAUGAAGCCACAUCAUGAAAGCAUUGAGAACUAUGGAAAACUUUGUCGUGAAAGGACCAAUAAGUACAUGACAAAAAAUAGACAAAUUCAGGUUAUUGAUAAUGAUAAUGCCAAACAUAUGAGGCCUAUGCCGGGAUAUUUUACAACUAAAGCUUCUGGAUCUGCAGAUAAGAAGAAGGUGUCAAGUAAGGGAUUAGAAAUGAAAAGAACAAGGAGGGACCGUGAUGAAAUGGAAGAAAUCCUGUUCAAACUCUUUGAGAGGCAAUCAAAUUGGACACUAAAACAGCUGAUCCAUGAGACUGACCAACCUGAGCAAUUUAUGAAAGAUAUGCUCAAACUUCUCUGCAUCUACAAUAAUAAAGGUGUUCAUCAAGGCACAUACGAGUUGAAGCCAGAGUACAAGAGAUCAGAAGACAAGGAUGAUUCUUGAUUAUUUAAGCAUAAUUUUUUUAAGUCAGAGUCCAUAAUCGUCAGCUAGGGAAAAACACCCAACUGUUUUUACUUGAAGAUACCAUUCUUUUGUGCAUAAAAUCAAGUUUAAAUAAAAUUUUAUGGUUGUUAACAA